AUGUACAAGGCAAGUUUUGUUGCAAUUAAAUGUUUUAUUUUUUUCGCUCUUUUCUUGUUCAUCAUAACGAUUGGAAAAUCUACAAAUGCAUUAGUUGAUAGCAGCGUGAAAGGAUAUCAAGCAGAACGAACUUGUGGUUACAAUGAGAUAUGUAAGGAAGAGUUCAGGAAGAUAUUUCGAUGUCGUUGCCCAACAUAUCUGCAUUGUAGGUCAUCUGGAAAAUAUUACAAUGCUUUUUGCUCGAUAACAGAAAACUCCGGAUAUAUUUGGCUACAAAAGCCAUAUGAGUUGCAAAGAACUCCGUGA